AAAACAUGUUAGGACAUCUAAUUGCCCGCCAACUCACAGAGCAACAGCUAGAAAGUGUUGCAGCAAUGACUGUUGCUGGAUCACAUCCUCGAGAAAUUGUGUCGACCAUUCGCCAGAUGACCCAGCAAUCCCAAUUAUUAGCAGAGACAUCUAUAAUAUACGUGAACAACUUUAUCAACAAAAUCUGGCAGGCCGAACCCCUAUCCAAGUGCUUAUUGAUGAACUUCGAGAAGAAGAUAAUACAGUUUAUGAUUUGGUUGAAUUUAUAGGCAGAACUUUGAGUAGAAUUGUUA